AUGUCGAAUAAAACCUACAACGAUUUAUGGCAUUCGACGCAAAAAUUCUUGGAAAAUCUAGCCGUAAACGAUUAUCAAAAGCUUGCUCUUGAUCCGGAAUUCGACCGUUCUAUAGCACAACGUUGUAUUUAUGAAUUGUAUGCCAAAUACAUUGUGGCUGCAAAUCGUCUUGAGACUGUCUACGAUCAAAUGGUACAACCGCAGAAGCGAAUUAUCAUACGAAAACUGCUCGAUUCAACACUGGGUCGUAUCAUUGAAUUAAAACAUGAUUUGGUUGCCAUUGAUAUGAUGGAAUUCAGUUACAACGACGAUGUAGUAAGAGAUUUGAAGUUAGUGCCGCAAGAUUUGGAAUUGAAAAUACCAAAUUACUUUUUACGUGAAAGUCAAGAUGAUAUUGCUUACAAAAAGAAGUUCAUCGAUGACAUACUCAUGAAAUUGGGAUGGCUUGACGAAGAGGUGGUCGAAGAAAAAAUGUCCGAAGUAGAAGCCAUUCAUAUUAUACAAAUGCAUGAACGAGCACGGCAAGGACGAUUGCGGGCUCAAUUCAUGAAAGAAAUCAAACAAUUGAAAGAAAAAGGUAAACCAGACGCAAUCAAAGAUCGAACUGAUGGUUUGGUGGCAGCAAUGCGAAUUCAAAAAGUGUGGCGAGGUUUCACGACUCGACGCAAAACAAGACAUGGCAAAGUCGAAGAGAUGUAUUUAAUCGGAAUGAUUCCAAGACCAGAGAAAAACAACGAAACACUUCUUGAAAAUGAACGAAAGAGAAACGAACGACGCUAUGGACAUCAAGAGUCAUAUCGAAAGAGUUAUGAGAAUGCGGUAAAGGAGGCAAAAGAUGAUAUUUUGAAUAAGUAUUCGACGACAUUGAGCGAACAAAUUGCCGAUGAAAUUCGAAAUUGGUUUCGAGAAUACCAAAAUCGCUCAGGAAAAUUUCCUGAAUUUCCAAGCGAAGAGCAUGGCGGCUCAAGGCAGCUUUUAAGUCGACAAGGUACAGACAGUGAAUUAAGUCGGUCGUCGCCGGUGUCAUCGCGAGAUUCAAAAAGAACCAAAGACAAAUCAAAAACACCAACAAAAAUCAUUGACCUGACCGCCGAAGUUAGUUUUGAAAGUGGUUUCAAAAUGAAUCAGUCGUCAUUUCUAAAUGAAAUUAAAUUGCAAAUUGAUGAGUUCAAUGAUGUUUGGAAAGAAAAAGACGAGUCUAUGAAUCCAACACAAACUUUUUAUAAAAAUAUGAUCUAUACGGAUAAAUAUGCUGAAGCUGAACGUGAAUUACGUAUUGUAAUUGAUAAUAUGAUGCGACAAGAGCUUGAACUUCUUCAAGCUGCUUUGGAGCGUGAUCGAACGCAAAAGGGUAAAAAAUCGAAAAAGAGUAACAAAAAGGCACGUCGCAGUGGCAAAAAGAGUAAAAAAAAGAAAGAAAAAGAUUUAACGCCCGAUCGAACUACCGAGUCUCUUUUCGAAGAAUUAGUUACGAAUGGAAUUAUUCGCAAAAUACCAGAGACUCGUUUGAGUUCAUUUUUCGGCGACAGAGCAUAUGCUAAGCGAUCUGGAAUAAAUCCAACACCAGGCGAUAUUCGACAAGUGCUCAUUGAGUAUGCAAUUUUACCGUUGGGCUCUGAAACAAUCCGUAGCAAUGCACCUUGUAUUAGAUCAAUCCUAAUUGCAGGUCCAAAAGGUUCUGGUAAAAAGUCUCUUGUUUAUAGUAUUUGCAAUGAAGUGGGUGCCUUGCUAUUCGAUCUAACGCCGGCCAAUAUCGUGGGGAAAUAUCCUGGGAAGUCGGGUCUUAUCAUGCUGAUGCAUUUAGUCUUAAAAGUAUCGCGUUUACUGCAACCGUGUGUCAUUUUUAUGGACAAUGCUGAAGCUCCGUUUAUGAAAAAGGUGCCAAAAGGUGAUCGUACCGAUCCGAAGAGAUUGAAAAAAGACUUGUCGAAACUUGUUAAAAACAUUGCCGAAGAAGAUCGAGUUAUAUUUAUUGGCACUAGCAGUGCCCCGUGGGAGGCUGAUCAAAAAUUAUUGCAACAAACUUAUAAUCGUUUUAUAUACAUACCAAAGCCUGAUUUUGGUACUCUUUCAUUCGUUUGGAAAAACUUACUUCUCAAAUAUAGUGGCAUCAGUCCGAAUUUCGAUACGGGAGCUAUUGCAAGACUUUCAGAUGGAUACACCAUUGGAUCCAUUGUUCAGUGCUUGAACGAUGUUCUUACGUGUAAAAGAAUUCUUCAGUUCCGAGUUCAACCAUUGGCACAUGUUGAACUAAUCAGUGCCUUAAGCUUGAGAGAUCCAGUUUAUCGUGAAGAAGAAGAAGCAUUUAAUACAUGGUGGUCCAAAACACCGCUUGGAAGACGCUGCCAAAAGGCACUUGAGGUCGAAGCACAAGCCAAACUCGAAAAAGAAAGUGGAGCAGAUAAAAAGAGACGAAAAUGA